AUGGACGAAAUUGAGAGACGGCGGAUUGAGUGUCUAUUAGAAAGCACAGAAGAAGAUGAUUUAUUAGGAGGCUUUUCAAGUGCUGAUAAUGAUAAUAAUACACCAACAUAUGAACCUCAUGACCAAAAUACGGAUACAGAACAGUCAAUUUCUAGUGCAAGUUCUAUCGGAAAUAUUCCUAAUGAAUCAGAUUCUGAAUAUUCCACAGAUAUAAAAUACUAG